CAACGUUGCGCUUCGAGCAGGAUCAGUCACUAAGGGCAGAUAGUGUCUGCACAGAGAAACCCACUAAAGCCGCUUGCUGCUUCCUCUGCAGGAAGGUAGCUGAGGGGUCGGCCGUGGAAGGACGAUGUGGAACAUUGUGUGUGCCCUGGCGCUCCUGGGCGGAGCGUGGGCAAAGGAGGGGCAGGGCGGCGAAGCCAAGGGCCAUGUGACGGUGGUGGUGGUGGGCGCCACGGGCGACCUGGCCAGGAAAUACCUCUGGCAGGGCUUCUUCCAGCUCUACGCGGACCAGGUCGGUGGUGGACACAGCUUCUCUUUCUAUGGCGGGGCGCUGUCCGAGACCGACAAUGGAACGCCGGUGCUGUUUGAGAUCCUGAAGGGCUUGGCGUGCCCGCCGGGCCUCACCCCAGAGAGGUGCGCCCUGCUGAGGGACCAGUUCCUGAAGCUGGCGCAGUAUAGGAGGCUGAAGACGGCGGAAGACUACGCGUCGCUCUCGGCAGAGGUAGCCAAGGCGGUGCAGCAGGAGGGCCUGACCGAGGCCGGCCGGCUCUUCUACCUGUCCGUGCCUGCCUUCGCCUACGCCGGCGUCGCUGAGAACAUCAACGGCAGCUGCCGGCCCCCCAGUGGGGCGUGGCUGAGGGUGGUGCUGGAGAAGCCAUUCGGGCACGACCUCGGCAGCGCCCAGGUCCUCUCCGCCCAGCUGGAGAAGUCCCUGAAGGAGGAGGAGAUGUACAGGAUCGACCACUACCUGGGGAAACAGGUGGUCUCCCAGAUCUUGCCGUUCCGGAAGGAGAACAGGAUGUCCCUGGAGCCCAUCUGGAACAAACACCACAUCGAGAGAAUAGAGAUCGUACUGAAGGAAACCCUGGAUGCCAAAGGCCGGAUCCAGUUUUACGACCAGUACGGGGUCAUCCGCGACGUCCUGCAGAACCACCUGACCGAGGUCAUGACCCUGCUGACCAUGGAGGUACCAGCCAACCUGAGAAACAGCCAGGAUGUCAUGCGUAAAAAGCUGGAGGUGUUCGGCGCCCUGCAGCAGUUGGUCAAGAGCAGCGCGGUCGUCGGGCAGUACCAGGCGUAUAACGCAGAGGUGCAGGAGGAGCUCAACAAAACCAAGGAGCACGUCAGCAUCACGCCCACCUUUGCAGGUGUGGUGGUGCAUCUCGACAACUCCCAGUUUGACGGCGUCCCCAUCUUCCUGAUCUCAGGGAAGAUGCUGGACGAGCGGGUCGGCUACGCCCGUGUUCUCUUCAAGAACGAGGUGGUCUGCGUGCAGAACCCGUCCAGCGUCCACUGCAAGCCGCGGCAGAUCAUCUUCCACUUCGGCCACGGCGACCUGCACCUUCCGGCCGUCCUGGUCAGCAAGAACCUGUUUAAGCCGGCCACGGUGGAGGGCUGGAAGGAGCCGGAGGAGCGCAAGGACCUCAGCCUGUUCGGCCUGGCGUUGUCGGACUACCACGUCCAGACGCCGGCGGAGCAGAAGGAGGCGUACGGCCUGCUCAUCUCGCAAAUCUUCCGCGGGCGUAGGGACAACUUCGUCAGCGCCGAGGUGCUGCUGGCCUCCUGGAGCUUCUGGACGCCGCUCCUGUACGCCUUGGCGCACGAGUUCCCCCGGCCGUACCCCGGCGGCGCCGCCAACGGCAACCUCCUCGACCUGGAGCUGCACGGUCGCGAGGUGGCCUUCCUCGGGGACGGCGGCGUGGUGGUGAUCCCGCAGGACGGCGCCGGGGGCAGCGGCGGGGCGGCGUCCGCCGGCAGCUUCCAGGUGACGCAGGGCAAGUUCCGCGGCGCGGACAUGGUGUCAGCCUGGGCGGAGGAGCUGGUGUACCGGCUGGCCGCCGACCUCCAGGAGGCUGCCGAGGAGGCGGUGCGCGAGGGCGGCCGCUUCCACCUGGCGCUGUCGGGCGGCUCCAGCCCGCUAGCGCUCUUCCACAGGCUGGCGCUGCACCACUACGCCUUCCCCUGGCGCCACACGCACGUGUGGAUGGUGGACGAGCGCUGUGUGCCCCUCUCGGAGCCCGGCUCCAACUUCCGCGCCCUCCACGACCACCUGCUGCAUCACGUGAGGCUGCCCUACUUCAACGCCCACCCCAUGCCCGUGCAGCUGAACCAGCGGCUCUGCGUGGAGGAAGACGGCGGCCCGCUGGCCUACGAGCGCGACAUCGCCCGCCAAGUCAACGGCUCCAGCUUCCACUUCGUCCUGCUGGGCGUGGGCUACGACGGGCACACCGCCUCGCUCUUCCCCGGCGCCCGGCCCGAGGUGCACGGCGACCGGCUGGUGGCGCUGACGGAGAGCCCCGCCAAGCCACACCAGCGCAUGAGCCUCACGCUGGCCGCCAUAAACCGUGCGCGAAAGGUGGGCGUGCUGGUGACGGGCAAGGGCAAGCACGAGCUGAUCACCCAGCUCAGCCGGGUCAAGGACGACCCGCAGAAGUGGCCCAUAACCGGUGUCAAGCCCAACGGGGGGAAGCUGGUGUGGUACAUUGACUACGAGGCUCUCCUGGGGUGAGGGGGCCGUGGGGCCGAGGCUGCGGUUUGCAGCGUGCAUCAUCACUGUGAACGCCUCAGUGGAAUGAGGUCCGACCAAACUUCACGCUUUGGCAACGGUAGACAUUCUGCGCAAGGUUGCUUUUUUUUCUAGCAAUGGCAUUGAAAUGUUCUGAUUGCUUCCUUUGUUGAGUUUGAUUUGCAUGGAUUGCAUUGAUUGUGUUUGGAAAAUUCUGAAUGUAAAAAAUGGUAUUUCAGUCCAGGGUUCUUUUGAUCAUGGACUUUUUUAAAAUCAUUUUUAAAAACGGUUCUGUUCAUACAAUAUCAAUCUAUUUCUAUAUGGUUGGUUCAAGUGUGUGCAUGAGUGUGAGUGCGUGCGUGUGAGUUUGUGUGUGUGUGCGUGUGGGUUUGACUCCCCUGGAGUCAUGACAGGGUCAUAGCACACCAGUGUUGAACCUUAAAGUAGCACUGCCUUGGUGAUGGCCACCAUCUUGACUUUAUGAAUUAAAAAAAAGAAUAUUAGGGUCCAGCUCUGCUAGAGGCAGAUGAUCUUUCAGGGAUGAAUUCCAAAGGAAUUGUGUUCAUGUGAUUUUUUGUGUGUGUGUGUGUGUGUGUGUGUGUGUGUGUGUGUGUGAAGGAUUUGCAGGCACAUCGCUGUGAUGCACUGUUUUGCUACUGAGAAGUCUACCUUUAACAGUGCAGCUGAUCCUGGGCUUCGGGACGAGGAACAGUACUGUGGUGUCGAAUCAGAGAGGAGCUUCCUUUAUGACUCUGUCGGCAGGGUGAAUCAAGGUUCACAGAGUCCGCCCAGGCCCGUUUGCUCUCUGUGUGCGGUUGUUUGCAUUUGUUUGAAGGAACAGCCUAUGCUAUAAUGUUUUUUUUUCCCCUUCCGCAUUUAUCAUUAAAGAGGUGAGUGUGGUUCUUCUGAAAAGUUCAGCUUUGCUAUGUCUCUGAACUCAAGUGCCUUCCUAGACCAGGGGAACGCUCAUUUUUCCACAGAAAGAACGUGGGCGCAACGGAGAUCUCGCAGUUUGUCUGAACUGCGGCCCGGCGGCUUUGACCAGCUUCCCAUUGAUUUUAAAACACCCUCCCAACCCCCCGCACUUUUCUGUAGCUGGUGCAUUGUUUCAAUUUCAAUUAAAUCUUUUUAAAAAGCCAUGCUUAAGAGAGAGCUGUGCUGUGGUUUUCUGUAGUUUCACCUUAUAAUUUAUAUUUAAUUGCACUGUUUUGAAAUUCUGAGUCAUUGCUUGAUCGUGCUGAAACUCUUGUAAGAUUGGUUCCUCAUUAUUUUUGAUUGCAGUUGAAACACUUAUCUCGAAUAAAUUAUUAAAUGGCUGUGUAAAAUUGGGGGCCGAAUGAAUUCUAACCUAUCUCCGCCUUCUGUGAUAGGUACGUGGUUUUUGCUGUCAUAUAACAAAUUUUUAACUUCCUGCA